AACACGGUGGCUUUAGAGGUCUUGCUUGAAGUAUGAUUCACAAAAUGGUAAUGCCUCUGUGUAAUCCACAUACCUUAUUUUAUUAUUAUUAUUAACUAAAAACUACAAUUAUAAAAUCGUACCUAUAUAAAACUUUCAUUAACCCAUGCUCAAAGAAAUAUAUACUUUUGCUAUUUAAGCUACUAAAAUGCAGUUUUCUUUGAAAAAUAAUGUGAAUCCUAUGUUAGUAUUCAUCUGAACACACUAGGAUCCAGAUGUGCGCAUGCGCAUUACGCACCAAAACGCCGUGAUUUUUGACUUUCCCGGGCCAAAAAAAAAAAGAAAGAAAAAAAAUCCAGAAUCCUUUGAGAAUCCACGCCUGCUUUUUCACGGACCAAUGCCCACUACAAGCCUCUCCAGCACCACACGCCGUGUGCUUGUGUUGGAUACUCCACUGCGGUUCCGUUAAAUCUGUUGAACGCGUCUUUCUCCGCGCGUUCAGAAAUACGCCGGUUGGUCUCCAGCGCUUCGGAACCCAUUAGCAGCCGCUGCCUUUGUGGGUCGGCUGUGGAUUGACUUAAUGCCUCCUUUAAAAGCCCUCCUCGGCUUUUUAAGUUCAAGAAAACACCCGGACCCCUCGCCGUAUCGUCUUUGACUUUUGCAGGAGAAUUAAAUGUUUAUUUUUUUGCCACCGGCGGAGCGCGAGAUCUUGCCGGUUGCAGACGAUGUUCAACGUUUUUGUAUAAAACACCUUGUCCGUUCUAGUCGGUAAAACUUUACCUCAGAAAGCACAGUGGAUAACUUGUGCGUUUCUCCGAGAUUAUUUUGUGUAUUUUUUACCUCAGAAAGUGAUGGCGGAGCGGGGAGCACGGCUGCUCGUGUUUUUCACAAGUCUCACCGUUCUCCGGUUCGGCGGUGCGGAUAAAGGUUCUGACAUUCAAGGUUUUACCCCGUUCAGGUUCUCGGUUGAACCCAUCGACACGCUGGCCGUACGCGGCCUCCCUGCUGUUCUGAACUGCUCGGCCAUUAGCAACGCUCCAGUAAGGGUGGAAUGGAAGAAGGAUGGAACGUUCCUGAACCUUGUGGCGGACGACCGGAAGCGGCAGUUAGCGGACGGCUCUUUGGUCAUCAGUACGGUGGUCCACUCCAAACACAAUAAGCCUGAUGAGGGGGUGUACCAGUGCGUGGCCACCAUCGACAAUCUGGGUACCAUCAGCAGCCGAACCGCACGACUCACAGUGGCAGGACUUCCGCGGUUCCUCAGUCAGCCGGAGGGCGUGUCUGUGCGCAUGGGCGGCACUGAGAUGCUGAGCUGUGAGGUGACGGAAGAGCUCGUCCCGUUCACCCGCUGGGAGAGGGACGGUCGGGCCGUGGAAUUGGAUGGCAGAGUGAUACAGCUGCCCAGCGGAGCUCUGGUCAUCAGCAAUGCCUCCCAGACCGACGGUGGACUCUACCGCUGCACAAUAGAUGGUCUGGGACCACCAAAAAACACAGAGGAGGCUGAACUACAGGUGUCCGCAGAUUCGGGUGUUGAAGAAAAACUAGAGACUCUCCAGGGCCCGGUUGCCGUGGCAAAGGUUGUCGGGGAGAGCGUGUUGUUGCCAUGCGUCAUGAAGGGAUACCCGGUACCAGUGAUUCGCUGGACGUUUAACGACCGGCCGAUUGAUGAAGGCCAUGAGCGUUUUGCUGUGAUUGGCGGGGGAAGCCUGCAGAUCGUCAACCUGACUGAAGAGGAUGCUGGGAUAUACGUCUGCCAGGCGGACAGCGGCAACAUGACUAGCGAGAUCCAGGCGGAGCUCACGGUGCACGUUCCUCCACGGUUCUUGACGAGACCCUCCAACACUUACGCCCAGGAGUCCAUGGACAUCAUCUUUGAGUGUGACGUCACUGGGUCGCCGCCGCCCACCGUCAAAUGGAUGAAGGAUGGAGACACGGUCAUCCCCAGUGAUUAUUUCAGGAUUGUGAAGCAGCAUAACCUGCAAGUUUUGGGUUUAGUCAAAUCAGAUGAAGGUUUUUAUCAGUGUUUAGCGGAGAACGACGCCGGGAACGUCCAGGCCAGCGCUCAGCUCAUCAUACUGGCUUUAGACGUUGCCCUUCCUUCUACUGUCCCUUCAUUGACCGAUGCCACUACUGACCAUGUAGCGUCCAGCCCGGCCGAGCGCAGCGGCCCCACCCCCUCUGCCCCGCGUGAUGUUGUGGCGUCUCUGGUGUCCACCCGAUUCAUCAAGCUGACGUGGCGUCUUCCUGCCGAGCCGCACGGGGAGAACAUCACCUACUCUGUGUUCUACAGUCUGGACGGCACUAACAGGGAGCGUGUGGAGAACACCAGCGGACCGGGAGAGAUGCAGGUUACCAUUCAGAACCUCGUCCCCGACACCAAGUACACCUUUCGGGUGGUCGCGUCCAACACUAACGGCCCGGGCGAGAGUUCUGCCCCACUUACAGUGGCCACCCAGCUGGAGGUUCAGGUACCGGGUCCAGCCCCGAAUCUGCAGGUGGUCUCUGUCAGCGCCACCUCGGUCGCUCUGAGCUGGGAGAGACCGGCCACCGGAAACGGGGAUAUUCAGACCUACAAACUCUUCUACAGUGAGAAGGGACAAGACUCGGAGCAGGACAUGGACGUCACGGGUCUGUCCUACACCAUGACGGGGCUCAAGAAGUUCACAGAGUACAGUUUCAGGGUGGUGGCGUACAACAAACACGGCCCUGGCGUCUCCACCGAGGACGUUACGGUCCGAACGCUGUCUGACGUGCCGAGCGCCCCUCCGCAGAACCUGACUCUGGAGGUCCUGAACUCAACGAGCAUCAUGGUCCGAUGGCAGCCGCCUCCCCCUGGUACCCUGAACGGAGAGCUGACGGGGUACAAACUACGAUACCGGAAAGGGCUGAGGAGAGCGGACGCAAUAGAGAUCUCAACCUCACAGCUCUUUCAGCUCAUUGAUGGCUUGGAGAAAGGAAAGGUGUACACAGUGAGAGUGUCGGCCACCACCGUGAACGGAACCGGACCAACGACGGAGUGGAUCGCAGCGGAAACCUUCGAGAAUGACCUGGACGAGUCUCAGGUACCAGGAGUCCCGAGUUCUCUUCAUGUUCGUCCGCUUGUAAACCGAAUCGUGGUGAGUUGGACUCCUCCAGAAAACCAGGACAUUUUAGUCCGAGGUUAUAAAAUCGGAUAUGGAAUCGGGAGCCCUCAUGCCCACACGGUCACUCUGGAUUACAAGCAGCGUUUCUACAGCAUCGAUAACCUCGAUCCCAGUUCCCAUUACGUCAUCACUCUUAAGGCGUUCAACAACAUGGGCGAAGGCAUUCCCAUCUACAACAGCGCCACCACCAGACCUCAGUCCGACCCCAUAGACCCUGAUAUUGAUUUUUAUGAACUCUUCAAUAACCCAUACACCCCAGCACCCGACCCCACUCCCAUGCUGCCCCCGGUGGGCGUUCAGGCCACUGUCCUCAGCCACGACACCGUCAAAGUCAGCUGGGCCGACAACUCUCUCGCAAAGAACCAGAAGAUCACUGAUUCCAGAUAUUACACCAUCCGCUGGAAGACCAACAUCCCCGCCAACACCAAAUUUAAGACGGCAAACACCACGUCUCUGUUCCAUACGGUAACGGCUCUGAAACCCAAUACACUUUAUGAGUUCUCUGUAAUGGUGACCAAGAGCCGCAGGAGCAGUACAUGGAGUAUGACGGCCCACGGGACCACCCUUGAGUCCAUUCCCAGCUCUGCUCCCAAAGAUGUGACGGUGAUCAGUAAAGAGGGAAAUCCACGAAUCAUCAACAUCAACUGGCAGCCUCCGACUGAAGCCAACGGCAAAAUCACAGGGUACAUCAUCUACUACAGCACCGAUGUCAACGCUGAAGUCCACGACUGGGUCGUGGAGCCCGUGGUGGGAAACAGACUGACCCAUCAGAUUCAGGGACUGACGCUGGACACCGCCUACUACUUUAAGAUCCAGGCCAGAAACUCCAAAGGCAUGGGACCCAUGUCGGACGCGGUGCAGUUCCGCACCCCUAAAGCUGAACCAUCUGACAAAAUGUCAAGUGAUCAAGGGCUGCAAGUCAAACCCGGUCACCCGACCCUGCCGGAGCACGGGAUUGGAUCCAAUAUGGAUAAACCAGGCAUCACGGGCAGCCAGGAGAAUCAUAUCCUGGUGAUCGUGGUCAUUGUUUCUGUUGGAGUGUUCACCAUCAUCGCUGUGGUCGUGGGGGCCGUCCUGUGCACACGCCGCUCCAACUCCCAUCAGAAGAAGAAGCGUGCAGCCUGUAAGUCCAACACCGGCUCCCACAAGUACAAGAGCUCGUCUAAAGACCUGAAACCACCUGAUCUCUGGAUCCAUCAUGAGCGUCUGGAGCUCAAACCCAUGGACAAAUCACCCGACCCCAACCCGGUCAUGACAGAGACGCCCAUCCCUCGCACCGCCCAGGACCCGGCCGUUGAGCCCGCCCAUCAGAGACGGGGUCAUGAGGUGGAGGAGAGCGUGUCCACUAUGGCCGGUCGGAGGGGAGUGAGAUCUAAAAUGAUGAUGCCAUUCGACUCUCAGCCGCCUCAACCUGUGAUUAGUGCUCACCCCAUUCAUUCCCUCGAUCAUCUUCAUCACCAUCAUCAUCACUAUCACCUCCCGCCGCGCGGCUACCUUCAUCACCAGAUCAGCCUGAGAGCGCCCGCCACGCCCAACACAUACUUAGACAGGGCUCCGUCUGCAGAGUCUGUGAGGAAUCAGCCCCCUGCACCCGAACCUCCGGUUGCCCCCAGUCAGCCCAUCACUACAGCUGAGCUCCAGAAGACAGAGGCGGUGAUCAAAGAGGAAGAGCCGCCGAGCAUAAACCCGCUAACAGCCCACGUUCGACCGGCACACCCGCUCAAGAGCUUCGCUGUGCCAGCUGUCACUGUUUCCGCCCAUAACCCGCCCACCUAUGAGACCGCCUUACCCAGCACCCCUCUGCUGGCACAACCAGCGCCCGGCGUGAAAACCGCGUCUAUCGGGACACUGAAUCGAGCUCGAGCUCCAAUGGCAGUAACAGUCCCGAGUGCUCCUGACCAAUCAGAAACCAGCAAGAUGCUGGACAUGACGUAUGAGACGGACGAACUCUCCGAGGAAAUGGCCCAUCUGGAGGGUUUGAUGAAGGACCUGAACGCCAUCACCACAGGCUGAAUCGCUUCAAUCACACGGCUGAACCUCGUCCUCAGGAAGAACCUGGACAUUUGAAUGAACUGAUCUCAGAUCAGAUUGAAAAUGGAUCGCCGCUUCAUCUUCUUCAUCCUGCAUGGAUCUUGCCAGAGAAAUCUAUAAAACGAUGAAAACUGAAUGCCAUUUUCUCAACUCGGUUGAGCCGUUCUGCACAGAAAACAUGUUUUUAAUGUUUUUGGGGGGGAUUGUAUUUACGUGUUCCACAUUUUUAGCUUGUAUAUGUAUGUUUUCCUUACACUUUUUAGGACGAAACCUCACAUGCUCAUACAUUGGGCUUCAUUCAUGAAAUGCAAGCUGAAUAAUUCGCUGUAAUUCAAUCAUACAUUCCUAUGUAAAUUGUCAUGCAAAUAAAUACAACAAUUUACAUAAUGAAUUUAUGAAUGAUUUACACAGAAAUGUAUGUGUGGAUCAUGAUUAUGACACAUUUGUCAAACCAUUCUUGCAUAAAUUGUCUAUAACAACACCAUUUUAGUUGUUGCAUUUGAAUUAAAUGUGGCAAUUUACACAAUAACAGUUUGCAAAUAAUUUACAAACAAUUAUUUUAGUUUGCUCAUGAAUUCUCAUGAAUGUCUCAUGGCUUUAUUUCAGUGUCUUACAUCAUGUUUAAAUGCUUCAUCUAGAGAGAAAACGAAGAUCUCAGUGUUUCUGGGACGCUGGUAGCAUUAAAAGUCUGAAUAUGCAUCAGAAAUCUCCUCAUGGACAUGCCGACUUCUUGCGGUUCUCGCUUUAUGCUCUGAAUCACCAUCUAAACUCCAUCGAAAUCCAGUGAUGUUGAUUUUUGGUGCUUCAGAAACUCCUCAAAUGAAUGAACCAGUUCCUCAUGUACUGCUCCUCUUCCUCAGGACCCUGACGCCUGUUUUUGGGGCCCUAGAGAUUCAUCAUGAAGGAGUUUAAUGCCAAGUGACUCUCAGAUUUUUGUACUUUGAGAGGUAUAUAUAUAUAGAUAUACAACGAACUGCAAAUGUUUGCUUAUAUGAAUACUUUGUACACUCUCAAAAAGGACAAUUUUUAUAUAUAUUCAUGUUUUGGUUGGUUUUUAUAUGAAGACGACACAUUGCUUUGUAAACAUUUUCCAUGUAAGUUAUGAACGGUUAAAUAUUCUGCGUUGUGUUUUCACCGUGCUGUUUAGCCGACCCCUUCUCCCAAAGAAUGAGCGGAAGAAAAUAUCAGCGACGAACUCUGCCUUGCUCGUGUACAGUUUCUCACGUCAUGAAUGUCAAUGUGGCUGUAACAAGGUCUGCUUAUGAAUAAAGUUGUUGUUUGUGUUUACAAUAACGGGGGAAGAUUUAAGAAAAAAAAAAGAAGACACUGAACCAUGUUGUAUGGCCGGUGUACCGUCAACUGUCAUUUGCACUUUUUAUAUUUUGGAUUUGAAAUGAAUCGCUGAUGCCAUGUGAAAUAUGAACCUAUUUUAUGUAUAACAAUGAUGUCACAAGUAAACAGCUGGUUUCAAAGACA